CAGUAUUAAGCGAACAAACGUAAAUGUCGUUUCGUGCUCGUUGUCCGUCGACUGAGUAAACGCACAGGAAGCAAGCAGCAGCAGCAACAGCAACAGCAGCAGCAGAGAACAGCAACAGCCAGAAGCAGCAGUAGACACAGCAGCCAGCGGCCAGGACAACUGAAAUUCGAGGCACGGGCAAAAACCAAAAGAACAACAACAACGAGUAACAUUGCCCGAAACGAAUGCACAACGAACCUCGCACGACGACCACGACCACGACUUCGAACGACACACACACACAUUCACAUACACAUACACAUACACAGUCACAUAUACACACACAUGUAGGAGUAGACCGCGACGUGUAUGACCAUCUAUAAAGUUGAAAUACGAAACGCCUUGAGGAGAGCAGCAUUAACGUCGACGUCGACGUCGCAGCUUGUGACGGCAGCAGCAGCAGCGACCGCGUCAGGCUUCCAAGCAAAAGGCAGACAAACAGGCAAAACCUGCUGAGACGAUACGACGAGUCCUUGCUCGUCGGUUCAUAUGUGCGGAACGUUGAACAGAAACACACUAGAAAAAAGUUUUCACAUCAAAUAAGACUCCACACACCAAAAAUAAAAGAUACUACAUCAACAUCAGCAACAAUAACAACAAAACAACAACAACAAAACAGCAAGCAAUCAAGUGAAAUUCGUUAAAAAAUAAUAAACAUGAAAAAUUCAAGUUUUUAAAGUGCAAACUUACUUAUUUUCCCUAUAAAAUCGCCCUUAAGAAAAUUCCAUACAAAUUUUUGAAAAUUUUUCAAAAACCAAAAGAGCAUUCAAGAAAGAAAUGUUGCAAAAUUUGUGAAACAAAUAAUAAGAAAAAGUAUUUCAAACCAAAACAAAAGUGCCGCAGCUGAGCGCUGAAAAAGUGCUAACAAGUUCCUUUAAACAAAAACAAAAAAAGUAAGAUAUACACAUAAUUAUUAACAACAACAACAAUACCAAGAAAUAUUGUUAUAACUAUAAAAUAUACAAAUUAUACACAAAUUUUCUUUUGCAUUUUUAUGAACACGGUGUGAACGCUACAAACCAAAAAAAAAAAACAAAAAGAAAUAAGAAUAAAGCAGAAAAGCGAAGCAAAUAAAAAGCAGUGAAAUAACUCAACUCUAAGUAACGUAACCCAAGUGCCGUGUUAGCUAAGCCUGGUCGUCUGGUCGUCAAUAUAACAUAUAUGGCAUAAAGCAUCCAAUUUGGCAAAGCAACGAAUAUAAAAACGGGAAGCUAUAAACACAGCAAGCCGCCGGAGAUAGAUUCUUAGACAGCCGCAAGUGACUUCCGUGCCAGCGCAAGAGAAACGCGACGUGAGACGUGAGAUAGAAACAGUUACAGUUACAGUUACGGGGACAGAGACAGAGGCAAGAGAGACAAGUGCCGACGGCGGAGAUUUCAUACUAUAAGCUGAACGAAACAUACAUAUUUAAAUCUAUGCACAUGUGUGUAGUGUGUAGCAACUAGUAGCUCCCCCUCUCUCUCUCUCGCUCUCGCUCACACUCUAUUUCUAUCUCGACGAGUGUGUGUGCGUGUGUCCCGCCUGUCCGACUGUCUAACGGUCUGCGACUCUGUCGACAAAGGCCAACAAAGUUCAACAAACAAUACGGCCUGUUACAGAGGUGGAAGUUGAGGUAGAAGCAGACACUUCAGCCUGAAAGUAGACAAUUGAUUAUUGAUUUUGUCUAAAGGCAACUUCAUACACACACACACCUACACUCACACCUACACCCACAUUCCCAGCCACAUACACACACACACACUUCUGCACUCAGCACGCAUCGAACGAGAGCUUAGCGAAGCGAACGGCGCAAAAGCAACGCGCGCGUUAACUAGAACGGUAACGGUGCAGUGCCAGUGUUGUGCAAUGACAAGCGCUACGUGCGCGCAGUGUUGAGCAGCGAGCAUGAAGACAUUGAAGACUUACAAACGCUGAAAACGGAAAAAGCACAACAAGAACUAAAAGUGAAAAUAAAAACCGAGCAACAACAGCAACGACAACAACAAGUAAUCUUUGCUUGCUCCCACUUCUGAUCGCUACAACUGUCUAACUCACUCUCUAUCUCUCACAUCUAUCGCUGUCUCAUUUCAACCCAGACUAUUUAGAGAACAGUCGCCAUCAUAAGCCGUUUAAUUGAGAAAGUGCGCCAAAGCAACAAAAAGAAAAUGUUCUUCUCGCUCGCACAGACUUUGGUCUGCGUGCUGCUCAUCAACGGCGGCCUCUAUGCGCUGCAUCUGAGCGGCAAUGGCGAGAAGCAAACAAGUCCCGGUCCCGGCUCAAAUGGCGGACAGCUAAGCGCCGCUGGUGCCUGGCAACAGCAGCAGCAACAUCAGCAGCAGCAACAACAGCAGCAGCAGCAACAACAGUUGCAGCAACAGCAACUGCAACAGCAGCAUCAACAUGCGGGCGGCGGAGCGCCACCUGGCGGCGGGCCCGGCAGCAACAAUCAUGGCCACCGAUCCGAUGCACAUCGUUCGGCUGCUGCGGCUGCCUUUGAGGCAACCACAGGCAGACUGAACAAGGAGAUUGCGGAUAUGGCGCAACUGGAACGCGAGCGCCUAAUGCUGCUCGGCCUAGCCAAGCAGACGGCCGAGAGUCCUGUGGCGCCCGCUGGUCAUCAUGGCAGACCGAUCAUUGCGGGCCGCAUACAGAUGCAGCCCAGCGAGGAUCUCGAUGUCGGCGACUAUCCGGCACUGCUGCAGCAGGCGGCGCGUGGCUUUAUGUUUGGCAGCGUGCAAAAGCAGCCGCCGCCGCCAAUGGCAGCCGAUGAGGAUUACGAGGAGCUGCGCGAGUUCGGCAGACGUCCCGUAAAGUACGAUUACGGCCGGGUGGUACAGCCGACGGAGCGUGAGCUGGAGGGCGAAGCACAGUAUGAGCCACUACAUGGCUUUGGUGACUUUGACGACUUCUCCGAGCUGGAAUCGAUUGCCGAGGAGCCGCAUGUGGGCGAGGAAGAGUUGCUGCGCGAGUUGGAUGCUUAUCAGUAUCAUGGCUUGGAGGAAGAGCCACUCGCGCUGCCCGAGAAUCCGUAUCACACUCUGGAGCAGCUGGAGCAUGCUGCGCCCGAGUCGUUGCAGCAACUGUUCGAGCAGCAGGAGCAACACGAUGCCCCACUUAAGGCCAAUUCGAAAUCCCAUGCCAAUGGCAAUUACAAUAUUCGCAUGCAGCAGAAGUGGGCCAGGAAGCGGGCGCAGGGACAGGCUGUAAAACCACAGCAGCAACAGCAACAGCAGCCAAAUCUGCAGCGCAACAUCUUUGGACAACACUUUAAGCAGCAACGCGGUAAACUGGCGCUGGCCAACUCAGAGGCCACGGCCAGCAAGCAUCUGAAGGCUACCACGCGCUCCGGAAGCUCAAGCUCAGGCAAGAUUGCUGGCAAGAUUGAUAACGGCGAUGAUAACGCCGUUGCAGGCAGUCAACAGCAAAACAAACCGACGCAUGAUAAACCAGCAUCAGCUGCAGCAACAGCUACUGAUGAUGCUCAGCAACAGCAACAGCAGCAGCAGGAGCAGAAUAAGAAGGAAUCGGAUCAACAAUUAAUGCAUCCCAAUCACAAGCGUUCCGGCAGCAGUGCUGGAGGAUCACUCGGUGGCUUCACGUCGCCACAAGUCUCCCACAGCAUCGCCAGCCAAUUAAUGCUGCGCACGCCGCGUGGCCAACGGCAAUACGAUGUACCACAAAUCGAGUGCCCCACCGCAAUGGAUGGCAUGGAGCGCUUCGCAUGCCCCACACCAGAUCUGCAGGGACGCUAUCGUUGCAUAGACGAUCAUGUGCUAUGCGAUGGCUUCAUCGAUUGUCCGGAGGGCGAGGAUGAGGACAGAAGAUCCUGCAUGUUCUACAAAACGACGAAAGCUCAUUUGGAUGUGUUAGCAGAUGCGUUAUUGCGCUGGGCGCGAGGGCGUUAAGUUUACACACAUUCACACAAAGGCAUACACACACAGACAUAACAUACACAGACAUACAUACAUACACACACACACACACACACGACAGCUAGAGAGAACCCACGUUAAACAUAAAUUACAAUUAGUUUUACGAUAUAUAUUUAAAAUUACACUUUCAAACAUAUUAAGUUUAAAUUUGUCCAACACACACAAACACAUUACACAAACACACACACAUACUGUUAAACCAACCACCCGCCUGCUCGAAACCCUAAAAAGAAAAGUAUUCAAAAAGAAGAAUUAAAUCAAAGUUGCGGCAUGAAAAAAAUGGUAAUUAUUGCCAAUUGAAUAUUACUGAAAAUGAAAGAACAACUCUAAGAGGCAGCAAAUAUAAAUAAAAGGUAUGAUUUCGAUAAUUACUACACUAUUAUUAAUUAUUGAUAUAAACAACAAAUAUUUAACAAAAACAAAAAAACAAUAAGCAGAUACUCAAUAAAAAAAAAGAAAUUACUCAAAAAAAUGGCGUUAACAUUUCGAAAGCUAUAAAGAAAAUCCAAAAAAAAAAAAGAAAAUGAAAACCAAAUAAGCAAAUGAUAUUAAAACAAAAUGUCGCAAAUUUCCCCAAAGUGUUUUUCAUUUAUUGUUUUGCGCAUUAAAUCGGGCCUAAACUAUUUUAGUAUAUAUUAAAAGCAAAACUAAGUAUUCAAGAAUAUAUUUCAAAUAUAUAUACAACAGAAUACAUAUACGUAUCUGUAUACUUAUAUAUAUAUAAAUAAAUCUAUAUAUGUAAGUAUACAGAUAUGCAUAUUUCGUGUACAUUAUUUAACUAUACGUGUAUUAAAGUUUAAAUGUUAUAGCAGCAAAACGGCAAACAAAGCAAAACAAAACAAAGCAACAACAAAAGAAAAAUAGUAAAAAUAAAUCAAAAAAUGCGUAAAAGGAGCAGAAAAAGAAAAGCGAAAGAAUGAAAGAAAAUUAUAUAUACAUAUACACAAAAAGAAAGAAUUAAAAUGAAAAAAAACACGAAAAAAAAAACAAAAUAAGGACAAAAAGAAAACAGAAGCAGAUAUUAAUUAUAUAUAGUAAAUAUAUACAUAUAACAACUAAAUAUACAAUUAAAAAUUGACAUAGGUUUUAUUGCAAUGAUAAUGCUGAUAAUAUGAAUACGAAUGCGAUUGCGAAUCCGUUUGCCACUGAAAACUGAUAUCGGAUAAAACUGAUAUUAUCAUGUUAAUGAUAAUUCUAAUGCUAACGAAAAUAAUGAUAACUAAUGAUGAUGCCGUAGGUCUAUGAUUGUAUUAAUGAUAUUUAAAAACCCAAAAACAAACAAUAUAUAUAUAUACAAAUUACAUAAAAAUAAACAACAAAAACAUUUACAAAAAAACGUGGAGAAAAAACUAAUACAAUGAAGGUAUAACAUUUACAUAACAAAAAGACUUGACUUGAUUAUACUUAUUAUGAUUGAUAGUUGAGAUUAUCAUUUAUUAAUUACAAAAAAAAAGUUUAUGCAUUUGAUUUACAACAAUAUAUAUAUAUUUGCCACUAACUCGUAUUUAUGGCAGCGACAACUUUGAUUUAAAUACCAUAAUUAUAUGUAUGUGUAUUGUGUAUAUAAAUUUGUCAAACUACAUUUGUUUUCAUCUAGUUUAAGCUAUCCUUUCAUCUGUAUGUAGAAAUCAUUUUGCCUGCGUUUUUUGUAUAGUUAUUAAUUUAAGUUUUCUAAAUAGUAUUUCGUCUCACGUUAUUAUUUUUCAUAUAUGAAACAGUUCUCAUGGAAAUGGCAGCUAUGUAGUUAAGAAAAAUUUAUUUAAAUCAAGUAUAUUUAACUAACAAUGGACUUAUAAAUAUAUAUAUAUAACGUAACAAAAACAAAAAUGAACUAAACUUAUACAAAAAUAAUAUACUUAUAAUGUUUAGUUAAAUGCCUGUAAAAAUGCUAAACAUGAAAUCGGAAACUCGAGAAGGAAGGAGAAGAAUGAACCUAUUAUAAUAAAAAUCCAUAUAAUUUACCUCAGUUCUCUUUUUGUUUCUCGAUUCUCAAUUUUUGCGUUGAAUAAUUACAGUUGAAAGCAAAUACAACCGUGGACUGUACUAAAAACAAAUUUAAUACAAGAGAUAAUAUAAUUAUUAAACGUUAAUAACUUUGAAUAGCUGAUAAAAGACAAAGAAAGAAUGACAAACAAUGAUGACAAAUUGUACAUUUUAAUAUAUUACCUAUUAUUGUUAUUAUGCAUACAGAGUUCCAACAAACAAUCAAUUAUGAAAACAAUCAACAACACAUUUUUAAACCGAAUACCCAAAUGAAAUUAAAAUGUUGAAACGGUUGUGUAUGCGGAAUGACAACUAAUGAAUAAAUAACAAAUUAAUCCAUAAUGAAAAGUGCAAAGUUAUUUUCCAACUUUUGUUAAAGUCUCUUUCUCUCUCUCUUUCUUCUUCUUCUUCUGUUUGAUAUACAUUUUAAUGCCAACUAUUAUGUAAAGAAUAAUAUACAGAAAUAUUAAUGAAAUAACAUAUGAAAUUGCGAGCAAUAAAAUUUCAUAUCUUAUACACAGUACGUAUAAAAUGCAAAUAAUUAUAAACAAUUUAUCAAAAGAUUUAUGAAUAAGUUUUCGUUUGCUGGCACACAGCUCAAAUGCUCUAAUAAUGCAAUAUACGACUAAAGAAUACCCUGUGUACCAGCAACCAUAUGGCAACGAUCUUCGUUAAAAGUAUUCCAAAAUUUAAUCGAAAUUAUUUCAUUUUCAGUAUUCAGUUUUAAUUUCAAGAUUGUAGUAAUUUGAUUUUCUAAAAAUAAAUGCAAAAUAACCCACCUUUAUAUAUAAAACAUAAUAUUAACAAAACAUAAUAAACUAAACGUUUUCUAAAACUCGACAUAAACAUUGCCGGAUUAGCAAAAUGAUAUGUAUAAAACUAUAAGCCGAAAUAAACUACAUCACAAUAUAAGUAUGUUAGCCCUGCAAACCCUUAAUAAACAAAAAAGAAAAGCUAAAUAAGAAAGUGAAACCCUUUAUCCCAUAAAAGAAAGCGCACCCAAAGAAAAAAAAAACAGAAAACCGUAAACAAAUCAAAGUAAACAAAUUGCAAAGCGACAGAAGGAAAUUUUAAUGACAUUUUUGAAUGAGAAUUGAAAUGAACGAAAUGAAAAAUAUACAUAUACAUCUAUUUUUGGCCUAUUUUUCUAUAACCAAAAAAAUACCAAAUAAAUGGAAAACAACUUUUUAAACUGCAACAAAACAAAAACUAAACUUUUAUAACACGAAAUACAGAUGAAAAACAGUAAAAACACAAAAACGAAAAAAUACAAUUCAAUUAAUUUGAUUUACGUUAAUUGUAUAUACACAUAAGUUUAUUGUUACUUUCUAUGACAUUUAUUUAUUUGCAGUCAACGAAGAUCGUUUUAGUAUUUUCUUAAUUUAGUGCAUUUCCUAUCAUUUCAUUCAUUUUCUCGGCAAAGAACAUUUUGCGUGUAAAACUUUGUAUAUAAAUAUUAUUAAUAUUAACUAACUAUCGAUUAAGUAAUCUCGGAUUUUCAUUUCAAUUGUUUGCAAUUUUGAGAUUUAAAUUGACUUUAUUUAAAUAUACACAAUAAAAUAUUUUCGAGUAAAACGUAGAAAUAUACAAAAAAAAAAAAAAAACAACAAACAAAAACAAAAGAAAGAAAAAUACGAAAAACUAGCGAAACGUAUAAACAAAAAUAUAUGAAUACAACUAAUUGUUAAAUGUUCAAACAUAGACACACUCACACACACACACAUACACAUACAAACAUAUACACACAUACGCAUAUAUACAAUAUAUAUAUAUAUAAGUAUAUAGAGAACUCUCAUACAACACGCCAGUCAAUAUGCAAGAAAAAGAAAAACAUGAGAAAAGGUAAUAAAAAGAAUAGAUAACACUACUUGUAUUUAUUUGUAUUUGUAUAUUGAAGACACAAAAGAAUCCCCGAAACAACAACAACAACAACAACAUGAGCAAGAAAACAACUUUAUACUUAAAGCAAGAAUGCAGCAAAUGUCUCAAACGCAAUUGCCAUUCGCACAAUUUAAAAAAAAAAAGAUGAAACAAGUAAUUAAUUGAAGUUCAAUUGGAAUCCUAAUUUUGAUCUCUUUGUACUUUGUAUUUGUAUUUGCUGUACAUAAGUUUUGCCUGCAUCUCAAUCUUAAACUAUCUGUCUAACUCAAUCUAUCUAUUUGUUAUAUCUAUCAUUUGUAUAAGAACAAACACAAACAAAAACAAAGAACAACAAAAUAAUGUGCGCAUUUUUGCGGUCAUUCUUUUAGUAUAAUUAUAAUUGCAUUAUAAUUUACUGUUUACUUAUUAAAUCUAUUAAUAAAUUAUAUAUACGAAUAUUAUUAUAAUACUAAAAACGACAACAACAACAAGAGGAAAACAAACCAAAAAAGAUAAAAAAAAAAAACAAAACAAAACAAACGAAACUCUACAUGAAGAUGAAGAAAACAAAUACACAACUUAAUAUACACUGAAAACAAAACCAACAAUGCAUUUCUAAUUUCAUUUUGCGACACCUUUUCCUUCCCACUACAGAUGCAAGUCUUCUGAAUCAAUAUAUAUAUAUAUGUAUUUCUGUUGAACUUUCUUUCUUUCUUUGACUUCCCCCUAAGGAAGUGAUAUUCCAGUUCGCCAGGUUUCUCCACAACAAACACUUCAACACAAAAGACAUCAGAACACAGAAUACACGGUAAGACUUUACACCUUUACAUACACCUGCAGUAAGUUCACAUCGAAUACUACAAGUAGAAGCUACACUCGUGUCAAUCUAUGCUUUAUAAUCACAAAAUUUUGCUUUCUCUCACCACAUAAAUGAUCAAAAGUUUGCUGUCAAGUUGAGCUCACUUCAGCUCUUCUCUUUCCCCAAAUUGUGAACUGUAAGUAGUUUAUGAAACAGUUGAAGUGCAAUUCAAAACUGAAAGCUUAGAUAAUUUCAUAGGCAACUUUGAAAGUAUUCAAGGAAUUCUCUGAGGCCAGGGAGUUAACCACCUUCAACACUUAACGCAAUUUCCGAGUUAGUCUGAGUUGAUGCCAAAAGGCAAUCCAGUUAUCAUUCCAACUUUUUUGUGUACUUAACUUAUUCCUCUCGCUACACAAACUUUUCAACAAUGCCCAGGCAAAAAGAAUUUUUUCAUCAAGUUUUAAUCAAAUAAAUAAGCAGCAGUAAUACAAAUAGAUUAGUGAGCAUAAAUUAAUAUAAUAAACAAAAUAAAAAUAUAUGUGUUAACCAACCGAAAUGAAGUGUAAUCUUGAACGAUAAAGAAGGAAUUUUAGAGCGUAGUCACAAUUGAUAUUUUGAAUGAAAGAGAAUAGUUUUUGAUCUGAACGCAGCUGGAAAUGGAAAGCAGAAAAGCACAAAGCAGAAAACAGAAAACAGAAAAUAUUUUCAAAACAUAAUACUUAUUACAUAAUACUCGUAUAAAUGUUAUUUAGUAAAUGAAUGUAAAUGUAUUACCAAUUACUCGUAACCAAUUGAAACAUUUAUCAGAAAGUUCUAGCUGGUAGCUCGUAGAUACAAAUACAAUUUUGCUGAGCACUUACAUAAGUAUUUCGCAAUGGAGCUUUGCAAAAAACAAGAAUUAAAUAUAUGAUUAAAAAGAAAUUAUAAUUAUUGUGUUAGAUGUCAUACAAAGCAGCUUUUUUAGGAGAUAAGUGCAAGCCUGGAUAAUUGUUGAAAAGUUUAGUUCAGCCAGAACUGUAACCACAAUUGAAUAUCAGCAACAUUGGAGGUUGCAUGCAAAUCGAGAGCGAACAAUUCAUUUAAUAACGUCAAAAAACUGUUAACGCAAAUAUCGUAUUGUUGGUGGCGGCUCUAUGGAAAAGUGGCCUUCAAUAGGCAUCAGGUGUUGUGCAUCAUUGAUUCGUCGCUGCUUUUUUUUUCAUCGAUAGAUAACCAAGUAUAGAGAAUGAGAGAGAGAGAAUGCACAAACCAGAAUGAACACACAGCGCCCCAAAAAGCAGCACUCAAUGCACACAACCAGAGCCACUGAUGCAAUUCAAUGCCACUUUUAUUUGUUACAUUACUCUCUGCACAAUUGCCGCCAUCGAUAUGAGUCCAAAAAAUACAUACAUAUAUAGUAGCUAUCAAAACCUCUAGUUUCCACAGCAGCCUGCUAAAUUGAUAACUGACAUCGAUUUGCAUGCAAAUUGUUGAACUCAAUUGUGGUUCUUUCUGUUUCUCGGCACAACAAAAUGCAAGUGAAAAAGUGCAGAUCCUAGAAUGAAAACUAAAGCUAAAUGAGGCGCUGAUUAAACUAUUUUUAUAAUUUCAUAUUUCUGUUAUGUGGUGAGACAACAAGUUAAAAAUUCUUUAACUAAUAUGCUAGGUCUAUAAUCAAAACAAUUUACCGUAACAUUUUAGUUAUGUGGUGAGAAAAUUUACUCUUGAAUUCCCAAACUAGGAUUCUAAUUAAAACCAUUCUUUGUACAAUAAACAUCAUUUCAACUUUAUUAAUUAUCUAGAAUUAUUUAGUUUCUAAAAAGUACUUUUCACUUUUGAAAUAACUAAAAAUAGUUAGCUUUAUUCCCAUCCAUGAGACGCGACACACAAAUGUGGAAAUUUGUUGCGCAGUUUAGCAGCGUAGUUGAUUAUGAUGACUUACCCAGAUGGAAGAAGAACUCGGCGCUGAUUGCGAGUUAAGGCUUUGCAAAUGAGUGACAAGAGCGCAAUGAGUGCAGCAUAUGAACAUGAACAUGAACAUGAACACGAACAUACACGAGACACUGUGAAGCCGGCAUAAAAGUUGUGUUCAUCACAUAGUUUUGUUUCAUUUAAUUUGCAUGCUGCAGUUUUAGUUGACAACAUUUUAAUUUGAAUAAUUCGCUUGACGAGUUCAUUAGAAAAUAAUUAUGUUCUUGAACACAUACACACACACAGAGUCACACACACACUCCUGUAAAUGUCCGCACUUGUUAAAUGUUAAACAAUAUUAAACAAACACACACACACAUUUGAUGGCAACUUUAAUAAAAAUAUCAUAAAUUAAAUUUAUAAAAGGCAACGUUAAGUACACAUAUUGAAUAUUUAUGCAAUUCAUUAUUAUUACAAUUGCACGCAUUAUUGACAAAUUACUUUUAAUUUCAACAAUUAGCAAACAAUUUGCACAACUGCACAUUUAUGUGAUAAUUAAAAACGAAACGAAAAAUACAAUUUUUUAUUACAUAUAUAUAUAUACAUAGAUACGUAUAUAUAUGUAAAUAUAUUGCACCACAAUUGCACUUACCAAACAACAAAAUUAAAAAUAUCGAAAAAAAACAAAACGAAACGAAACCAACAAAAAAAAAGCACUCUGAACUCUGAAUUUAGUAAUUAAUUAAUAGAUAAACUCUACGUUUAAUUUGUUUAGUUUGUGUUGAACAAAGCACAAUUUCCACAAUUUGCACAAAUUAGCACAAAACUAGCAAACAAAAAACAAGAAGGAAAAAGAGAUGCAACUGCUAAUUAAACAUAUUUAUUGGGGGCUCAUUCAACGCGACCGUCCAGAGUUUUGUGCAAAGCAGAAAGUCUUCCACCAGCACCAACAAACACAGUUUACAAGCAGUUGAUAUAAAGUGGAAACAACUGAGACUGUGCAAAAGUGAACGAACACAGAGAGAGCGCACACUUUGGACGCCAGCUGAGAACCCAGAAACGGAAAAUUCUUGAAGAAAUCAAAAUAUUUUCGAGCUAUAAAAUAAGUAGUCACAAGUACCUUAAAGCAAAAGAAUCGUUGUAUGAGUGUGUGUACUCAUAGAUAUCUUCGAGUAUGCACCGAGAGGGGGAGAUGGCAAAGCGUAGCUACAAACAAAUAGACCCUGCACUAACACUAACUGCAACUGCAACUACAACUACAGCUACAACUACAACAACAGCAACAGCUACACUAUCCUGUAUCCUGUCAUACACAAGCAGCUUGAAAGCAAUCCGUCCUGAAACUGAAACUUUUGAGCAGACAAAUUCUUCAAUCAAAUACAACUCGGUUUGAGCAAAUUCGAUGACAACUACUUAGUAGAGAACGACUAUUUAGAACCCUCACACACACCAAUACAUAACGCGCACACGCACACAUCCAAACCAAAACAAAACAAAACAAAACAAAAAGAAAUGCACUUAUAAUGUAAAUGUUGUGAUUUAAAUGCACCGCCUCAAAGUAUGCACCAAGAAAUUUUUGAAAAAUGUAUUUUUGCACAAUUUUUAAAAUCGCACGAACCAAAAAUUAUUGAUGAAAAUUAAAACAAAAUACUAAUGUAAUCGAAAUUGUAUUGUAUUUCAAUUGUAUAGCAAUUAAAUUGAAGAAGCCCCUUAACAAUUAACAAACCAAAUAUAUUUAUAAAUAUACGCGAAAGUUAUUAAUAUUUAUUCAAAUUAUAUUACAAUUAAAUGGUCAACAUGAAGAGAGAUUUUUGUAUUCAGUUUUAAUUUUGUGUCUUUUAACUUUUCAACAAACUCGAGAAAAGUCUGCAAACAAAAUAAUGAAAACCAAAAAAAAAACAACAAAAAACAAAAAACGAGAAAAUUAGCCGAAACCUUCAAUUGAUGCAGCUAAUUGGCCCAGGGUCAGUGCUCUGUAAAUACAAAUACCAAAUACUUGUACUUACUUGAAAGGAAUGCUAUGUAAAUAAGCCACGAAGUAAAUCGAAAAACAAAAUAACAAAA